AUGGAAGACAAUGGAGAGGCUCGUGGCCUGCUGGAGGGCAGGAUCUUGGCGGUCUGGAGCCUUCUGUUUGUGGGGUUGAUUUUGUUGCCUUCGGUGUUUAGGGUGUCCCUGGGGAUCUCUCAUUGCUAUGUGAAAGUGCUAGUGAGAAUGUUUGAGUGGGCCACCCUGCAGGUCCAGGAGGGAGUCCGAAGGCAGAAGACGCUGGCACCUGAGCAUUUAAUCUCCACUGGCUCAUUUCCUCCUGCAGGGAUCAUCGAGAGAGAGAAAACCUCCAUGGAAGAGGAGCUGGCCGGGCAGCACCGCGGACAGUUCAGCCUGGCCGAUGUGAUGUACUUCUCCAAGAAGGGCUGCGAGGCAGUGGCAGAGGACGAAGUCACCCGGAGCUUCUCUUCUGAGGAGCUGGUGUCCUGGAAUCUCCUCAGCAGGACCAACGCCAACCUGCACCACGUCAGCUGGCAACUGAGCGCCGCCUGGCUCCUGGGCAUCCUCCUUCGCUAUUGCCUGCUGCUGCCUUUCCGUAUCUGCUUGACUGUUUUCAUCAUCCUCCAGCUGGUGUUGGCCACCACAGUGGUAGGACAGUUCCCAAACGGCAGAGUGAAGGGCUGGCUCAGCAACCAGGUUCAGAUGAUCUGUGCCACCUUAGGCAUCCGGUGCCUGGCUGGUCUGAUUCAUUUCCACAACAGGGAAAACAGACCACAGGAAGGAGGCAUCUGUGUAGCCAACCACACAUCUCCAUUAGAUGUCCUGAUCCUGGCCAGUGAUGGAUGCUACUCCCUGGUGGGGCAGGUGCACGGUGGGUUCCUGGGACUGAUCCAGAAGUCCUGCCUGCAGACCAGCCAGCACGUCCUGUUCGAGCGCUCCGAGAUCAGAGACCGCCACCUGGUGAGGAAAAAAAUUAAGGAGCACAUUGCAGACAAGGCCAAGCUGCCCAUCCUCAUCUUCCCAGAAGGUACCUGCGUCAACAACACCUCAGUCAUGAUGUUCAAGAAGGGAAGCUUUGAGGUAGGAGGCACCAUCCACCCAGUAGCCAUCAAGUAUGACCCCCGCUUUGCAGACCCCUUCUGGGACAGCACCAAGCACUCCAUGAUCUCCUAUAUGUUUAACAUGCUGACCAGCUGGGCCGUGGUUUGCAACGUCUGGUACCUGCCACCCAUGGUCAAAGAGGAGGAAGAAGAUGCUGUGCGCUUUGCCAACAGGGUGAAGGCUGCGAUCGCUGCUCGGGGGGGAAUGGCUGUGCUGCCUUGGGACGGGGGACUGAAAAGGAAGAAGGUCAAAGAGUCUUUCAAGGAAGAGCAACAGAGAAAGUAUUGCCAGAUAGUGCUGGAGGAUGGAUCUGUGGGCAAGGGAAGUGUCUGUUAAGUGUUACUUCUUUUAUCUGGUUGUUCCAGGACCUGGCUCCACCACAGAGAGGGCUCUUGUUGUUUUCUGCUAAGACUGACAGGUUUUCUUCUGCCCCUGGAAGAUAAU